AUGAGUAAAAAGACGUCUUCUAUAUCAGCACCUACUGUUAAGAAGAAACCAGUAGUAGAAACUACUGAAAAUCCUCCAAAUUUGGAAUCCUAUGUUUUGUUGUGGCUCGAUGGUGACAUUAACAAAACACACGAUAAUAUUGAGACAUUAAAAGAACUUCGACAAGUUAUUAAUUACAUUCAAACAUUUGAUGAUAUUGAACAAUGUGAGUCUUAUAUUCGAGAAAUACAAAAUGAGAAGGUUCUGUUAAUUGUAUCGGGUAGCAUCGGCCGUAGAAUUACUUCACGUAUUCAUGACUUAACACAAUUUAGCGGAUUUUAUGUCUAUUGUCAAGAUAAAGCAUCAAAUGAAAAAUGGGCUAAGAGUUAUUCUAAAGUCAAAGGUGUGUUCACUCGUCGUGACGAAUUAGUAUCACAAAUUGCAGUUGAUCAAGCAACCCGGUCGAAAGUCGAUGAUAUCACAUCAGUUAGCGUUUUUACUCGUGAUGAUAAUGAAAAUGCGGAGAAUAGCCUUGAAUCUCGAAAUGCCAGUUUUAUGUGGUUUCAGUUAUUUGUCGAAGUUUUGUUACGAAUGUACCAUAAGUCAUCGGCACGCAAUGAAUUAAUUAGUCUGUGUAAAAAGAGUUAUGUCGGAAAUAAAUCUGAACAAACCCUCAUCGAUGAAUUUGAACGUCAGUAUAAACCGGAUAAAGCAAUAUGGUGGUAUACACAUGAGUCGUGUUUGUAUCGUAUUUUGAAUAAAGCCUUGCGUGUUCAAGAUUUUCACACGAUCUUUGCACUACGAUCCUUCAUAACGGACAUUGCAAAACAGCUUAAAAAAGAGAACGAACGUUUCAUCCGUACAUCAAAUAAAUCUUGUCCUAUAAUUAAAGUUUACCAUGGUCAAGGAAUCGAUAUCGAUGAACUGAAUCUAAUGAAAUCCAAUAUUGGUGAAUUUAUUUCAAUGAAUUGUUUUUUAUCUACAAGUAAAAAUCGUGCAACGGCACUACGUUUUGCUCGACAAUUUGAUAUGACGAAAGAAUUAGGACGCAUUUUAUUUGAAAUCGAUAUUGACACACGUUUGUUAACUAAAGCGUUUGCUGAUAUUACUCAUUUAAGUUAUUACAAAGGUGAAGAUGAAGUUCUCAUAAUGUUAGGAGCUAUGUUUCGUAUUGAAAAGAUCAGUUAUGAUAAAAAAGAACAGAUGUGGAUUCCCAAGGAGAAAAAAAAUAUCGACUAUCGGGCGAUCUAG